AUGCAGCUUUCGACGCUUCUCGUUGCGGCAGCCGCUUGCGUCAGCACAGCUAACGCCCAUGUCGCAUUAUGGGACAAGGGAAUGUUUGGUCUCAAUUGGCCAUACCAAGCGGACGAUCCUCAAAAUCAUAACUACAACAACAAUCAACCAGUUAACCCUCUGAGGCAAGCGGAUUCUCUAACUACUGCUCAAUGGUUUGGUCAUGGCUUGUUAGGAUAUCCACCGAAAGCGGGUGAUUUCAUGGUCCUUCCUUCGGGAGGCACCUACAAUGGUGAAGUCUCAUGUAACCGUGCUCAAACUUCAUUGGGUAAUCCUUCGGAUACCAGCGCGAAAUAUCAGUAUGCUUGUAAACCCGAUGGCGGUCAAUACAGUGGUGUCGGUGCAUUGCAUGUCAUGAACACCUACAACGGUACCGUGGAUAAUAGUCUAUUUGGUGGAACGGCCUUGGCUAUCGCAUACACUUCGGAUCCGUCUUCUCUGUCACCCAACGACAUGACAGUGAUCAGUGUCAACCAGAAUUCAGUCUGGGAGCGUGAGAUCAGCUAUCAGAUCCCGGCUGGAUUACCCCCGUGUCCCGAUGGUGGUUGUAUAUGUACAUGGAAUUGGAUCCAUCAAGGAGGCAAGGGAGAAGGAUAUCCAUACGAGAUAUACAAUGUUGCCUACAGGUGUCAAGUUACUGGUCAGACCAAUUCUGCCAACACUGUUCAGAGAGGAGCCGUGCCCAACAAAUGUGAUAACAACCCGUCUAAAUGUGUGAAGGGCCCGAAGACACCGAUGUAUCUUUGGCAAGCAGAUGGCAACAACCUUCCCAACCUUGAUACCCCACCUAACUACAGGGACAACUGGGGCUUUGCGGAUGGAGCUCAGAAUGAUAUCUUCCAAGCUUCCUCUAAUCCUGCAGGUGCUUCUGACACAUAUGUUUCGACAACCAAUCUACCUGACGGUUGGAGUGCUGUGGGAUGUAUGAUCGACACCGAUAAUCCUCGUGCUCUUCCUGGAGUAUCUACGACCGACGCCAACAACAAUACCAUCGAGAACUGUGUUGCCAAAUGCAAUGACCAGGGAUAUGUGUUCGCCGGUGUAGAGUACGGUAAAGAGUGUUGGUGCAGUAAUACUGCCAACCUCAAUCCCGCUCCUGCUACCGACUGUUCAAUGACAUGUAGCGGAGAUAUUUACAGUACUUGUGGAGCUUCUUACCGAAUCAACGUCUACCGAAGUGCCGAUGCACCUGCUACUGGUCAACCUACUCCUCUUCCCGACAACUUGAUACCUGAUGGAUGGUCGAGCGUGGGAUGUGUAGUAGACGAUCAAUCUAAUCGAGCGCUCAAUGGCGGAGCUUUCACAUCUACCAAUAACACCGUUCAAAACUGUGUCAGAAAUUGCGCUUCUCGAGGUUACGUCUAUGCUGGUGUGGAAUACGGUCAGGAAUGUUGGUGCGGGGAUGCCAAUUCUCGGUUGGUCAGCGCUAGUUCAGGUUGUGAUGUAGCAUGUACCGGAGACAAGCUUUAUGUGUGUGGUGGAUCUGAUCGACUCAACGUCUACGCUCUUAUCCCCAACAUCACCAGUACCUCGGCAUUUGCUUCUGCCACUGUGUCGACAUCGAUUAGCAACAGCUCAACUGCUACGUCGACUAGCAUUAUCGCAACAACCACCAAUUCAUCUGUGAUCCCCACCUCAUCCGCAGCAGCUGUCACAAAUACCUCAUCCAGCUCGAUUCUGACAACCACGACUUCGACUGCUCCCGCAUCUUCAUCUAGCUUAUCAGUCGCAGUUUCAACCUCCUCUGCUCCUGCAUCAUCGAGCGCCAGCUCUUCCUCAAUUUCAUCGACCUCUGUCGCUGUCUCAUCUUCUAGCGCCAGUUCCUCAACUUCUUCAUCAUCUAUCCUUGCCUCGACUGCAUCAUCUGCCAACUCAUCUUCCAGACCUACGCUUGCUUCUUCAUCUUCCUCCGCUCCUGCUACCAGUGUAAGCUCAAGUACUACCGUCCUGGCUUCCACCACAUCUACUGCUUCGAUGGCAUCUAGCACAGUCAUCAGCUCAUCUUCCUCAACUCAACCAACCACAUCAAGUGCUACAAGCACAUCUACCACUUCUACAUCCUCUGUGCGACCUAGCUCUUCAACCACAUCGUCCACGAGCAGUACUUCAACCACCUCGAUCAAACCCUCGUCGAGUUCCACAACAACAUCGUCUACCACGACAUCGUCUACUACCACCUCGGCAGCUGCUGCUACUACCUCUCUUCCAGCAGGCUGGAUCUCCCGAGGCUGUUACGCCGAUUCGUCAUCCAAGCGUGUCCUCAACGGUAAUAUCUUCGAGUCGAAACCCGAUAUGACUUACGCGUCAUGUAUCGCCAUAUGUGUUCGUAAAGGAUACACUAUGGCCGGUGUAGAGUACGGAACGCAAUGUUUCUGUGGUACCGCUUUGGUCAGCCCCUCACCAGCUGCUAAUUCCGAAUGUAAUCGACCAUGUUCAGGAGAUAGCAAAGCGAUGUGUGGAGGAUACAACCGAAUUAGCAUAUUACAAAAUUCACAAGUGAGCUCUCGACGAGCAAUGAUAGGCGAGAGAGAUCACCUGCAUAUUAAAGCAGGAAGGAGAAGGAUAGAAGGAGAUCACUAG